AUGUUUGCAACCGACCUCUCCGUUACUGAAGAUAUCCAUGUACUGCUGCUUCAAAGCUCCCAUGAGCUGACGGCCACCACUGUGUACAAGGAGCUGGCCCAGCCCAUCCACCCGAGCUACGUCUUCCAACGCUUUACUCAAGUUGCUGCCGUGACCGCAGCCGUGACGAUUGCUUUGUUGCUCCUCUACGAUCUGCUGUUUGGUCUGAGGGUGAAGUACCCCAAGCGAAGCCCACGAAAGCUGUCCGACACGGAGCUGGCUUUGCUGACGGGCGCUUUCGCUGCGGAGUGGUUUCUGAGCGACCAGUUCCUGCCAAGCAUUCCAGACAUCGCGGCGGAGUUCCAGGUGGAAGAAGCCAGCAUCGGCGUCACGCUGCAGAUGCACCAGGCUGCUAGUGGCAUUUCUUGCUUGUUCGUUUCGCCCCUGUCCGACCGAAUCGGGCGAAGACCUGUGCUCCUUGCUGGGAUGAGUCUCCUGGUCGUGAGCACCCUCUGUGCCGGCAGCGCGGUCAGCUACCAUUGGUUUGUCUUGGGCCGCAUUCUGCAAGGUGUCGCGCAGUCCACUGCAACUGCUUCACUCGCGCUGCUCCGCGACUGCUACGAGGACGAGACUGAACGAAUGGCGAAACUCUCCGUCUUCGCCGUGGUGGGGCUUUUCGCCCCCACACUGGCACCCAGCGUGGGAGCACUCCUGGCCGCCUGGAUGGGCUGGAGGUUCUCGUUCCUGGCGAGCGUUCCUCUGCUAGUUGUCAUCCUGGGCGGGCUUGUUUUGCGGCUGGAGGAGACGGUGCCGGAGAACGCUGGCGAAUCGAUCUUCCUGGCGGCGAAGCGGACUCUGUGCCACCUUCGCCGCUUCCUGAUGAUUGUAACACAAACUGUUCUGGUCUCCAUGGUCACAAUCAUUGGUGCCCGACAUGCUGUGAACCUGGAGGAACAGUAUGGCUUGCCCCUCACGCAAUCAGCCUUGGUGAUCUCGUUCUUUUCAGCGCCCUCGAUAUUUGCGGCGAUCUUGGUGACAUGGCUGGAAUGGACGCCACGCCGUAUAUAUUUCACCAUGGCCCCGCUUCUGCUGCUGACCGCCAUCGUGAAGAUCGUGGUGGGCGUGUUCUUUGUAAAGAGCUUGUUGUGCUACAUCGGUGCCUACCUGUUUUUCUCUUUGAUGCCCAUAGCCGUCGUCAUUGCCAUCAGCACCGAGUUUCCCCAGGAGAUGCCGGACAUCGCUGGGGCGGCGAGCGCCUUCUUCAACGCUGGGCCCCUCAUCAUGGCCUCCAUGCUCUCGCUGCCCGGCCUGGCCCUGGCCAAGGACCACGGAGCCUCCGGCCUGAUGAUCGCUGGCGCCGUCUACCUGAUACUUCUGGCGCUUGGGACGCUUCUGCUCGGCUAUACGCUUGGUGAACCUGCGGAGGUGAAGGGAGAUCCGACGCUGUGCAAUGGUGAUCCAAAGAGUGAAGAGCCGACACCCAAUGAGGUAAAGCUCGAAAACGGCGGUGCGGUGGCCAGCGCGUGCAUCACAGACCCGUUGCACGUCGAGGGCGGGAGCACUGUGGUCCUGGAGCUGCGGGAGCGAGAUGCUUGGACCCUCCGCGACAGCUUGCAGCAGGCGAGCUUUUUGCGGCUGCCAGUGCUCUUCACGCGGAAGAUGCUGCGGAAUGCGAGCACUGGGAAGGUCCAGCGGAGCCUUCUGCAGGAGGAGAGGAAGGCAGAGUUGGAGCUGGAGUUGCAAGCUCAAGCAGCAACUCAUCGGGCACAGGAAUCGCAGGCCGGAUAUGCAUUCAGAGCUCUUUGGCAUACUCGGGCGCAGAUUUGCGCAAUUAUCACAAACAUGUCACAUGUGUGUGUGUAG